GCGGUGCGGGGGCAGAGCCGGCCUCACCUCGCUUGGCCCCGGCGUGGCCCGGGGGGCAUCCUGGGCGCGCGCCUGCCCCACACACGGCGCGGCGCUCCUCGCUUAGCUUGCGGUCCCCGCGGUGCUGAGCCGCGGCCGCCGCCUCUGGUCGCCCAGGAAGGAGCCUUCCCACGGCAGGAGCUUGGCCCCGCCGGCCCGGCGCCGCCGCCGCGCUGUCCCCCAAGGCCACGGCGGUCCCUUCUUUCCCUUCCCGGGGCUUUUUGUUUCUUAAACCAGCCUCAUUUAUCACUUCCAGCCUGCCUUUCGCCCGAUACCAACUGUUGCAAGUUCUGUGGUAACUGCUUCUCUGAACUUCUGGGUCGAAACUGCUCCUCCCAGGAGCCUGUUUAAGAAGCAGAAUAAGAAUAAAUGCCUGGAUGCCAGUAGAAGCACUGAGCCCUAAAGUUUUUCAAGGGCUUGGAGGAUGCGACAUCCUCAUCAUUUACAGUUUGGACGCCGAGGAAUGGUGCCAGUACCUCCAGAACCUUUUCCUGUCCAGUCGGCAGGUCCGUAACCAGAAGACGCUGACAUACAGGCUGGGCCCCAAGACCUGCUUCUCGGCCGAGGACCUGAGCUUCUUUCUCCACACACGUUGCAUCAUAGUGCUGCUGUCUGCGGAGCUGGUGCAGUGCUUCUGCCAGCCGACCCUGCUGCCCUUGCUGCAGAGAGCCUUCUACCCUCCACACCGUGUGGUGAGGCUGCUCUGCGGGGUGCAGGACAGCGAGGAGUUCCUGGACUUCUUUCCGGAUUGGGCGCACUGGAAGGAGCUCACCUGUGAUGAUGAGCCUGAGACUUACGUGGCAGCUGUGAAGAAGGCCAUUUCUGAAGAUUCUGGCUGUGACUCAGUCACUGACACUGAGACCGAGGACGAGAAGGUCCUUCCCUACUCAAAGCAGCAGUGCCUGCCACUGGAGACGUCGCCUGGGAACCUGAUGGUGGUGCAGCCGGACCGCAUUCGCUGUGGGGCAGAAACUACUGUCUACGUCAUUGUGAGAUGUAAGUUGGAUGAGAGAGUGACAACGGAAGCUGAAUUUACUCCUGAGGAUUCUCCCUCAAUAAGGGUGGAAGCCAAGCUGGAGAAUGAAUACACUGUUUCCGUGAAAGCUCCCAAUCUUUCAUCUGGGAAUGUUUCUCUGAAGAUAUAUUCCGGGGACUUAGUGGCAUGCGAAACUGUUAUCAGCUAUUAUACUGACAUGGAGGAAAUUGGGAAUUUAUUGUCCAAUGCUGCGAAUCCCGUGGAGUUCAUGUGUCAGGCCUUUAAAAUUGUGCCCUACAACACAGAGACCCUUGAUAAACUACUCACGGAGUCCCUGAAGAACAACAUCCCUGCGAGUGGGCUGCACCUCUUUGGAAUCAACCAGCUGGAAGAAGAAGAUAUGAUGACAAAUCAGAGAGAGGAAGAGCUGCCUACUUUGUUGCACUUUGCUGCCAAGUAUGGGCUGAAGAACCUCACUGCCUUGUUGCUCACCUGCCCGGGAGCCCUGCAGGCCUACAGUGUGGCCAACAAGCACGGCCACUACCCCAACACCAUCGCCGAGAAGCAUGGCUUCCGGGACCUGCGGCAGUUCAUUGACGAGUAUGUGGAAACCGUGGACAUGCUGAAGAGUCACAUUAAAGAGGAACUGAUGCAAGGGGAGGAAUCUGACUCUGUGUAUGAGUCCAUGGCCCACCUUUCCACAGACCUGCUCAUGAAGUGCUCCCUCAACCCCGGCUGCGACGAGGAGCUGUACGAGUCCAUGGCAGCCUUCGUCCCAGCGGCCACCGAGGACCUCUAUGUUGAAAUGCUUCAGGCCAGUACAUCUAAUCCAAUGGCUGGAGACAGUUACUCUCGGACCACUAAGGACUCUAUGAUCCGCAAGUUUUUAGAAGGCAACAGCAUGGGAAUGGCCAGUAUGGAGAGGGAUGCGCACCAUCUUGGCCAGGAAGAAGAUGUUUAUCACACAGUGGAUGAUGAUGAGGCCUUUUCUGUGGACCUAGCCAGCAGGCCCCCUGUCCCAGUGCCAAGGCCAGAGGCCAGUGCUUCCAGCACUCACCAGGUUUCUGACAAUGAACCAUACAUUUCUAAAGUUUUUGCAGAAAAAAGUCAAGAGCGGCCUGGGAAUCUCUAUGUUUCCUCAGAGAGCAUCAGGAAAGAGCCACCUGUCAGACCGUGGAGGGACAGGCCUCAGUCGAGCAUAUACGACCCUUUUGCUGGGAUGAAGACGCCAGGCCAGCGGCAGCUUAUUACCCUCCAGGAGCAGGUGAAGCUGGGCAUCGUCAACGUGGAUGAGGCCGUGCUCCACUUCAAAGAGUGGCAGCUCAACCAGAAGAAGCGGUCUGAAUCUUUUCGCUUCCAGCAGGAAAAUCUUAAACGGCUAAGAGAAAGCAUCACCCGCAGACAGAGAGAGAAGCAAAAAUCAGGAAAGCAGACAGACUUGGAGAUCACGGUCCCAAUUCGGCACUCACAGCACCUGCCCGGGAAAGUGGAGAUUGGAGUCUAUGAGAGUGGCCCCAGGAAAAGCGUCUUCCCCCCCAGGACAGAGCUUAGACGAGGAGACUGGAAAACAGACAGUACCUCCAGCACAGCAAGCAGCACGAGUAACCGAUCCAGCACCCGGAGCCUCCUCAGCGUGAGCAGCGGGAUGGAGGGAGAUAAUGAGGAUAAUGAAGUGCCCGAGGUUACCAGAAGUCGGAGUCCAGGCCCCCUGCAAGUGGACAGCAUGCCCACCAUGCCCCUUGAGAGGCCCCCCAGGGUGCCUCCCCGAGCAGCCUCACAGAGGCCUCCAGUCAGGGAAACCUUCCAUCCUCCUCCACCUGUUCCACCCAGAGGUCGCUGAUUCCACCUCUGAAAACCUGCCUACUUCAGGACUUGGAGACGUGCGGUUUUUAGCCUGUUCAUGAUGUCUUGGUGUUGAGCGUUAUGGCAUGACUGCUGACCUUAAGACCCACUCUGACUGCUGAUGUUGUUGUGGCCCUGCUGGUUUGGGCUUUCCUUGAAGAAGAUAUUAUUAAGGCACAAAGAAGUGAAAACCUAGAGACUUCAUUCACCAUCAUCAAGUAAACUGCCCUAUUCUUGUUUGCCAAGAGGAUGAAGACUUACUUGGAAUACCUAACUCUAAUUUGGCAUGUCAGAAACCUGAAAAGAUUGGUCAGAAAUGUACUUUCCAAGUGAUUUUACUGAAAUGCACUUGUAUUAGGCCAUACUUAUAUGCUAGUCUAGAAGUGGUUGUGACUUAAGACUUAACAGUAUUCAAGUAAGAUAUGUCCUAAUUUUUAAAUGAUUCUUCAGCUUUUCUGUAGAUUCAGGAGGGUGUUUAAAAAUGCCUGGGCUGGUCACAUACAGCAAACUCAAAAAGACUUUAGAGAGGGACUAGUCCUAACUCCUCUUAUAUAGAAGGCAAAUCCAAGGCUUCACAAGUCUGGUACCGAGCACUCAGUUUGUUACAGGAAGAGGUGUGUCUAGAAUUAGGACCUGUCAAGUCACCACACUUUCUGUCUCCAAAUAGCCAAGCUCUCUCCCUCAAGAAAUGCCCAGAUGUAGAAGUUUGGUCAGUGACUGAGUCCUGGCCUUCCAAAAGUUUCCUUCUUCCAUGGCUCCCAGGUAUGAGACUGUCAAGUAUAUGGGGCAUGGAUAAUUCAGUGUGCCUUCAAAACAGUGGUGCUGCCAAGGAACAUCUGAAAAAUGGUUGAGAACCAGAAGCUUGGGGUACCAAGGAGCCCACUUACUGCUCUCCAGAUGUUAUAGAUCUUCAUUCUGGCCACAGGAGAGAGGAGAACCCUUGGCUUUUCCUCUGCUGAAUGGUCAGAAGAAGGAAGAACCUGAAAUAGAAGUAGUUAUCUAUUGCCUUGUACACCUGAUAUUACUCCUGACUUGGGAAAUCCGUGCAGAGAAUGGGAAGAUUAAAUAUAUCAUUCAUUUUGAGUCCCUAGCACAUAAAUCUACUUUCAAAGCACAGGUCCUUAAUUUGAUGCUUAAACAUACAAUAAAAUUAGUAUCAGACCUAUUUUUAAAAAAUGAUUAGAAAUCUGGUGAUUCUCCAUGCAAUUAUUCUCCAUCCCACACAAAUAUAGAAAAGCCAUACUAUCGAAGAUCCAUUUAAGUACAGUUUUAUUAGGUCCUUUUCUAAUGAUUAAUGGUUCUUUUUCCACUUGCAUCUCUCAGCCCAGCAAAUAGGGACUUAGUGAAGUUAAUAGCUUCUGGGGUCUUGGGGGUUUGUUUUUCUGUGUUUUUGUUCGUUUGUUUGUUGUUGUUUGUUUGACAUAAAAUACACUAUUGGCCAUGGCCAUUAAGAGAGUAUUUAUGCAAAUUAUGUGGCACAUCAUAGCCAUUUUGCUCUGGUUCCUUUACUCUUCCUGUCACCUAUUUGGGAGAAAUAGGUUAAUGUGAGAGAAAAGGAGAAAUAUGCGAUUUGUAUGAUUAUCUUUCCUGUUACUUAUAGACAGUCUCUAUGUUAAGCACAUGUGAUUUUGAUAAGAAGCUAUACUUAAAAAAUAUUCAAUACCUCUAAACCUCUUUUUGGAUGCCAAAUUUAGAUCCUUUUUAAAACAUUCUUUGAUUAACAAGCAUUUAUCAAUAACAUGACAAAAUCUACUACUAGUCAAUGGUGUUACCUCUUUGUAUACAUGUCACCAUUUGUGCAAUAUUGGAAUAUUUUAUUGCAUUUUUAUUCUUAUAUGAAAAUAAGUGGAAAAUAUCAAAUUGAAAGUACUCAUGAGAUACUUGGGUUUCAUAAAUAUGACACAUUUGAGACACGGAUGGAAAUGAUCAGGAGGGCCAAGUCAAAAAUGGCAAGUCUUGGAGUUCCUGUCAUUGUGGCUCAGUGGAAAUGAAUCUGACUAGCAUCCAUGAGGACACAGGUUCGAUCCCUGGCCUUGCUCAGUGGGUUGUAUCCAGUGUUGCCAUGAGCUGUGGUGUAGGUUGCAGACUCGGCUCAGAUCUGGCAUUGCUGUGGCUGUGGUGUAGGCUGGCGGCUACAGCUCCAAUUUGCCCCCGAGCCUGGGAACCUCCAUAUGCCGCAGGUGUGGCCCUAAAAGACCAAAAAAAAAAAAAAAAAAAAAUAGCGAGUCUUAAAUCCUCACCCAAUAUUCAUUGAACAUCCAAAAUGACUGGUUGCGUAUAAAAGUAAAGGAAAAAGAUGAAAAAUGUGGAUGAAACACUGUGAUCAUGUUAUCAAAGAAUAUCUCUAAUGAUGGGCGGAAAUUUUUCAUUCUCUAGAAAUAGAACCACCCAUUAUAAUGUAAAUUUAUUCAACUUUUAUAUACAUUUUAAGGAAUACAUUAUGUAACAAAACCACAGAUUUCAAUACAAUGAGAAUCAGAAACUAAAUUGUGGCUAGGCGUCCAAAGAGACUGUUAAAAAGUUCUUUAUAUGAUGCCUCAGGAGACAGCUCUGCCUCCAUCAACCUUCCCUGAGGUUUUACAAACUGGCUCAAUAGACAAUGAAGUUAUUGGUCAUAUUAAUUGCCAUUGUCUUUGCCUCUAACUCUACAAGCUCCACUGUCUUCCAGCUCCUAGGCCAGCACUCUUCCUUCAUCUUAUAUUAACACCUAUGAGCAGAUAACUCAACUAUAUGAGCAAGAAAGUACAAAUGCUGAGAGACUAUAAGCAGGUUUGUGUUGCAAUCAAAUAAUUUAACUUGACAUAUUUAAUGAUGUGACUAAUCCCUAAUGCUUUGCCAUAAUUAGGCAAAGUAAUAGUAUGUAAAUGACUUCAAUGAAUAUUUUUACAAGUCAAGCUAAGUUACCCUCUCCCCCCCACCUUUGUCUUGCUUUGUUAUUGAAAAAAGAGAGAUCCUUGUCCAUCCAAUAGCACCUCAAUGGCAGGGAUUUUUAGAUCCCUCUCCCACGUGCCCCAGGAAGUAAGUUGGUUUUCUGUGCUUGUCUUUCAAAGAAUAGUGCGUGGUUUUGCUGCUGGUUGGCUGAGAAAGCAUUAGUAACAGAUUUAUUUCUAACAAAGACACGUAGCUAAUUUGGGCAACCAGAAGAUUUGUCCUAAAAAUCAAUCCUCAGUUUUGAGGAAUCUGCCUGUAUAAAUAUUCGCUUUGGUUUAAUAAAUAAAUGGUGUUCUAUUAA